GCUCUCUACGAACCCUGUGGUCCAUAGAUUGAGUCAGUCUUAAGUUGAGUCAGUUGGAGAGUCUAAGUGGUGAGGAGUGGAAACGUUAUUUGGUUGUGUGCCUAUCACCAUGGUUGACACGCGUACAGGAACGAGCACCUCCCCUUACACAGCAGAGCAGGAUGCGAAGGCCGCCGCCAUCCUGAAAGAAAGAAGGGAGAAGGAGGCCAAGAAGAAGGCCUUGAUAGAAGACGAGGCGGCGAAGUUGAAGAAGAUUGAGGAGGAGAUGGCCAAAGAAAAAGAGAGGUUAAAGAGAGAAGAAGAAGAGAAGCUCAAAGCGAUAGAAGAGGAGGAAGAGGUAGAAGAACAGCCACUGGAAAGACAAAGGGCAGGAGGAAGAGGUGAAUCCAGUGGUACAAAAGAAGAUCAGAUGGAGAAGAAAAUUACAGAGUGGGUUGCUGGUUUAUCCCUGGGGGAAGAAGAGGAGGCACUGAUGUAUGUGCCCAGGGAAGAACAAGAGGCCGCCAUGAAAGAGUGGGAUGCAAAAGAAGACCCACUCAAGGCGAUAGAGGAUGAGAAGAGGAUGGAAUGGAAGUUUCGAUUGACGAGGGAGAGGAAAAGAAAAAUGGAGGCGGCGAGCCAGGCGGCGAAAGAAUUAGCGGAGGUAAAGAAGCAAGAGAGCAGAUGGCGACGCGGGUGUGUCAAAGCCUCCGAUCGACUGCAAACCAUUCACUCUCAGCAGUCGAAGAGUGCUAGGGCACUCAAAGGUGUGAUGGAUGAGUUGGUAGCCGUUCCUGACCAUGGGGUUACUGAGACCCAGCUGGUCAACCUCUUCUACCGGGCGAUGCCCGAACAAUUACGAGGUCACUUCUUUGAGAAGAGCCAGCAGCCCACCAUGACCUAUGACGCAUUGAGCACGGAAGUGGUGGCGUUCGAAGCGAGGUCCAUGUCAAUUUCCACUUUUUGGCAUAAGGACCUAGAUAAGGGCAAAAAGUGGAAGGGUCGCACCAUCUCGGGUCAGGUCAAGACCAAGUAUCGUUUGAUCCUUAUGUUAGAUGAGGGUGGUGUCAACGAAGUCCGCUACGAGCAGAUUGAGUGGGGACUAGAGGAGGAGGACAGUGGCGUUAGCCAGGGGAGGACUUACGUUGCUGUCGCGGGCGGAGGGAGGCCGCAAGGAGGAGGUAGAGGCCAGGGCCAAGGGGGUCGGGCCUUGGGGGGUUGUUCCCAGGGCGAUCAGGGGGUUGGUGGUAGAGGAGGAAACCGCCAAGCGGGAGGAAGGGGUCAAGGUUACCCGCAAAAUCGUCCAGGGAAUAGGUCGCCUAAUAGGGUAGACAACUCCCUGGCACAUUGCUUCCUUAGCGCUCCUACGUUCGCAAGGUUAGUGAAGAAGGAGCAGCUAGAAGAACAGGUCUUUGUAGCCUAUGUCAGGCCAAUUACUGAGCCUAAAGAAGAAAAACCCAUAGAUCCCGCUAUUGCGAAGUUGCUGGAAGAGUAUGUAGACUUAGCGAAGCCGCCUACGGGAGUAGUCCCGCGGCCCAUCCAGCAUCGUAUUGAGAUAGAGCUUGGCAGUAGAACUCCUAAAGGAGCGGUGUAUAGGAUGUCCCCGCGGGAAUUGGAGUAGUUGCUCAAGCAGUUAGAUGAACUCCUAGAGAAGGGUUGGAUUAGGCGCAGUUCGUCUCCAUUUGGAGCACCUGUUCU